CUCACGACUUGCCUCCAACCUUUCCAAGGUUCCCUUGACCAACGUGCAGAGCUUAUUAAAAGUUAAAAACCUAAAAAAACCUAAGGCCCCCUCUUCCCUGAAAUCCUCGAACCCAAGGCCUUUCUCGCUCUCUCUCGUACAAACAUGGCGGCUCAGGGCAGAAAAGGUAACGGCGAGGGCGUUCUUGCUAGGGUUUCUAGCACCAUAUCGCAGUCUCCAAUCGUGUACCAAGGGAGAAGAGCGGCCUCCGACGCUUCGUACGUGACGAAGAGGCUGCUAAAGAGCACAGGCAAGGCGGCGUGGAUCGCUGGCACCACCUUUCUUAUAUUGGUCGUCCCUCUCAUCAUUGAGAUGGACCGCGAGCAGCAGCUCACCGAGCUCGAGCUUCAGCAGGCAAGCCUCCUUGGCACCCCUCCUGUCGCUCCUCAAAAGUAAAUGCCCCCUGCCCCUCUCAGGUGAGGCCGUCAUUGCGUUCUACCCCCACUUUUUCUAGGUUUUUUGAAGGGUUUUAUGAUUCUUGUCGAGUGUUUUUGGUGGAUCAAUGUAUCGGAUUAUUCAUAGGAUAUUCAAAAGUUUCCCCUUUUUUACUGGUUAGGAACAGUGCCUAAUCAGUCUUGCAAUUUAUCUCAUUACUUGUAGUGAAACUAAUAUAGAAUUGGCCGGUCUUCAUCACAAUUACUAUCAAAAUUUCGGA